AUGUUGUUGAUUCAAAGAUAACAACAAACCCAGCAGAAAAAAUGCUAUUUCCCUUGGUAGUCAACAUAAUUAUGGCCCUUAUAGCCUACUUGGUGACCCUUAGAGUCAUCCCGAAACUUAAAGAAAAAUUCAUAAAGGCCAACUUGUUCGGAAUCGACAUGAGCAAAACGACCAGCGACAAAGUCCCCGAGUCUUUAGGGGUAGUAUCCGGGUUCAUUUUCCUAGUGACUAUGGUUUUGUUUAUACCAGUGGCUUUUGGUAAUAACUUAUUAGAAAAAGGGACAUUUCCUUAUGAUGAGUAUGUUAAAUACAUUUUGGCCCUCUUGUCAAUUUGCUGUAUGCUGCUAUUGGGAUUUGCAGAUGAUGUUUUGGAUGUUCCCUGGAGGCAAAAAUUACUGUUGCCUACAAUAGCCUCACUGCCCCUUUUAAUGGUUUACUAUGUAAGCUUCAAUACAACCAAUAUAAUAGUACCAAAGCCUUUACAAGACUAUUUAGGCCUUAGCAUAGAUAUUGGCCUAAUUUAUUACGUUUACAUGGGAAUGCUGGCUGUGUUUUGUACAAAUGCUAUUAAUAUUUUGGCUGGUGUAAACGGGCUAGAAGCUGGCCAAAGUGUAGUAAUAGCAAUUUCAAUAGCCCUAUUUAAUUUGGUCGAAUUGUCGGGGCCUUUAUGGAAGGCUCACCAGUUCAGUUUGUACUUCAUGCUGCCUUAUAUCGGGACUUCUUUGGCCCUGCUCAAACAUAAUUGGUACCCGGCUUCAGUGUUCGUCGGCGAUACCUUUUGCUACUUCUCCGGCAUGACUUUUGCAGUAGUCGGAAUCCUGGGCCACUUCAGCAAAACCACCCUGCUGUUCUUCAUGCCCCAGGUGUUCAACUUCCUCUACUCUUCACCGCAACUGUUCAAGCUCGUCCCUUGCCCCAGACACCGACUACCCAAGUUCAACUCCCGCGAAAAUUGCAUGGAGCUCAGCACUACAACCUUCAGGUAUUCGGAGUUGAAUGUUUUAGGUAAAUUGGUUUUGGGGGUUUUUAGGUUGUUUAAGUUGGUGCACUGGCAGGAGAAACAGGGAGUAGUUGUUACCAAUAAUUUUACUCUAAUUAAUUUGACAUUGUUGUAUUGCGGGCCAAUGCACGAGGCCAAAUUGACCUCAAUUCUUUUGGCGAUACAAGUUUUGAGUACUGGUUUAGCGUUUUUGAUACGGUACCCUUUUGCUUCGGUAUUUUACGAUGUUCAAUAAUAGGGGUUGAAAAAAUAAAAUAUUUUGUACAUUAUAUAGGACACAAAAGUGAAAUUUUUUAGCUGCAAAGUUCCUAUUAUAUAGUUUUUAAAUUGCCAAAAAUUUUACACUGAAUUUUGUUCUAAGUUGCACCAACAAUUACUCCCAAUCUCCAGUCCGCAUUGAACCCAAAAAAAGUACUCUCUAGAAUAGAAUUUUAGUGCCUUUCAAAAACUUUGUUCCAACCGUUCUAGAACGGUAAUUUCCAGUCGAUCAAUUCAUUUGUCAAGUAAAAUAAACGUUCAACUUAUUGAAAAAUAGCUGGGCAACUGGAAAUUAGUGGUUCUAGAACGGUUGGAACAAACCUAAAACCAAAUUAGGGUGUAUGUUAUAGACUUAAUCAAUUGUUACCAAUAUAGUUGUUUUUCCAAAAAAACCAUUUUAGGAUAAUUUUUUUCCCAAUAACAAGUCCUACAAUAAUUAGAAAAACAAGUUGUUGUUUAUUAAUAACAAUAAUAUGACUGAAUAUAAUAAUAAUAUAAUAAAGGUACAAGACACCGAAAAUAAAUUAACAAUAAUUGUAUAAAGACCGCACUGAAAUACAAUACAAAAUCACACCCCGUAAGGCUUGACAAGGUACUCGGAAAAGGCCUUCAAUUUAUCGCCCCCCCUAACUUCACUUUCCAGCAAAGGCAAUUUAACCACAUGGAAAUCUUCUUCAUACAAAUCAGCUAUUUGAUCCAAAUAUUUAUCUUGGAUUUUAAUCCUGGCAUUACACAUACGACACUUGUCUUCAUCUUUUUGUUUGAAAACUAAUUGAUUGACUACAAUAUUGUGAGUAUCUAUUUUUACUUUAGUUAAUUCUUGGACUAAUCUUUCUGUUUCGUAUAGGGAUAGGAAUUCUGCAAUGCAUACGCAUACGAAGGUUGUUUGAUCUGGAUUUUUAAACUGUUCAUUGACUUGUUUAAUAACACUUAAAAGCUCGUCAAUUUUUCCAGAAAAGUGAUCUACAUUUAAGUCAGCCAUACCAAAAAGACCACUGAAUUGGUUGAGCAUUGGGGCAACUUUUUGCUUGAUUUUCAUUAGUUUGCCAAGGCCUUUUUCCACUACUUGGGGAAAAGAUAGGAGCCUCAACGUAUGUCCAGUGGGAGCAGUAUCAAAAACCACUACAGAAAAAUUCAUGCUUUUUAUUAGUUUCAUUACUUCGGCGUAGGACAUUGUUUCGUCUGUGCCUGGGAAGGCGUUGAUUAA